GCCCUGCGACAUGAAAGGCCCCAAAGCCUCUGAUGUGCGGGGAGGGAAGGGAGAGGCUGGCGCCCGUGCCAAGGGGAAACUUUCCUACCGCUCGGCCUCAGCCAGGGGAAAAACCAACAAACACACGGGCACGCGCCGCGGAUAAAUCCCGGCGAGCGCAGGAGCGCAGCUGCGAGCGAGGCGGGUAGAACCGCACCGCCGGCGUCUCGUCCCUGCAGCCUGCGUGGCCGGAGCCAGCCCCGGCGCGAUGCUCCUCGUCCUGCUGCCAGCCUGGCUGGCCCUGGGCAUCCUGCAGCUGCCCCUCGGUGGCACCCAGGAGUGUGUGAGCCAGCAGCAGGCGCUCAGCGCGGUGCGGCAGAUGCAGAAGCUGCUGGCGGCACAGGAGGCUGCUCACCUGCGGGGCACGCGCGGUCUCCGGCAGCAGCUCUCCCUCCUCCAGAGCCGCCUCCAGAGCCAGGCCACCAAACGCAACGAGACCUGUCCGCAGCCGGCGGUGCCCCCGAACGGGCGGAUGCUGGGCCGGAGCACGCGGGUGGGCCACGACGUUCACUUCGUCUGCGACGCCGGCUUUCGGCUGGUGGGCUCGGAGACGCGCGCCUGCCGGCACGACCGCACGUGGAGCGGCACCCAGCCCUCCUGCAGAAGUAUUGACGACUGCUCCAGCAACCCGUGUGCCAACAGCGGGACCUGUGUGGAUGGCAACCAGAGCUACACAUGCCUCUGCCCCCGGGGCUGGUCAGGCCCCAGCUGCCAGAGCCCCAUCUAUGCCUACUGGGUGACGUUGAGCAACUCCUCCUUCAGCCGCCAGCCCCGCUGCGCCGAGGGCCGCCCGGGUUCCCGGCGCUGCAGCUGCGACGCCGGCUUCCAGAUGCGAGCCGGCGGCGUGUGCCACGAUGUGGACGAGUGCCAGCUCUUCCAGUCCAGCCCCCAGACCCGGCUUUGCCUCCAUGACUGCCUCAACCUCCCCGGCUCCUACCGCUGCCUCUGCCCCCCCGGCUACCUGCUCCACGCUGACCGCAACACCUGCGAGGACGUGAAUGAGUGCGCUGGGAAGCAGCACAACUGCACCCAGGGCGACCUCUGCAUCAACACCUUCGGGGGCCACCGCUGCGUGCGCCCCAAGUGCCCCCCGCCGCGCCACAACACCAGCUACGUCAAGACCUCUGCUUUCCAAUGCGAGAGGAACCCCUGCCCCAUGGAGAGCCAAGCCUGCCGCCUGGCCGCCACCUCCAUCUCCUUCCACUACCUGCCGCUCCAGGCCAACCGCAGUGUGCCCCGUGUCCUCUUCAGGAUGUCCACCACCCGCUUCGUGGGCGACAGCCUGCGCUUUGCCAUCAUGGGCAGCCGGGGCCAGGGCGACUUUGCCGUGCGGCGCUCCGACCGGCAAACGGGAGAGCUGGUGCUCACCAGCCCUGUGGCGGGGCCAGCCACGCUGGAGGUGGACCUGGAGAUGAGCGAGUUCUCACGCAAGGUCCUCCUGGGCAAGCACAUCUUCAAGGUCACAGCCUUUGUGUCCCCAUACGAGUUUUGAUCCGCUUUGGAGGUGGGCGUGGGUCUCUCCUGGGUCUCUCCUGGGGAGUGAUGGAGCGGGUUCAGCUCUGUGGUCCCAGUUCUUCUCCCACUGGAGACAUCCCUCUCCCGUAAUGCUUGCUCAUGGCUGGUAGGGCAAAGCCACCGCAGCAGAAGCGGUGCCCGUCGCAAAGGCUGCAAGAAAACCCCUGUAGGCAAUGGGGGGACCAGCCUGGACCAGCCUCUGCCAGCCCCCCUCCUCUCUGCCCGCACGGCACACAGAGGGGCAUGGCAGAGCGAGCCGAUGGCACGUGGCGUGCAGGUCUGGCUCCUUGUAUCUUGUAACCUCUAAUAAAAGAAAAGUGGCUGUA